ACAAUGGGCAGCAGGUUAACUAGUUGAGACUCAAUGCUUCCCUCUUUCCCUGUGCCCUUGGUGAGAGGAAAGUCAGAGUUCUCUGGAUUGGAGCUACAUCUUUGGUGACUUUUCAUUCACAUUGCAUGGAGAAUUUGGGGAGGUGACCUGCCAUCCCCGAAGCCCUACAUCUCCAUACACGCUCUGUGCACAUUCAGUGCCCUGCUCUACCAUGGCAGUGCCCGCAAGGGGGUCCCAGAUCAGAAGAAGCUGGCUAAAGGGCCCUUGUCCCCUCUCACACUCCCUCAGAGGGCUGGAGUCCUUCCUCGCUCGAUUUCGCCCGAGAGCGUUAGGGGUUUCUAAAUGUAGGCGCCUUUGUGUUGGAACGAAACUUUUAGUUUAAGGGAAAAUCUCUUUUAAGCCACUGAUUGUUCUGACUUGCUAAGUUUACUCAGCAGCCUUAUGCUGGCUCUGCCACUGCACAAUAAAACCAAGGCAGGACAGUUGCAGGUCAAGCAAGGGGGAACAUGUUUUGCAUUUAGGGAGUUUGACCACUGAAGUCAAGGAGAGGAGCUUGCUCUGAAUUGUUACACACAUUAAGAAACUUCUAGAUGUUUUAGCACUUUGUGCUCAAAUGUGAAACCUGCAGGAUUUAGAAAUAAGUAAAUUCGGGGCGCUCUUCCUCUGAGGUUGUUUUCUGGCCGCGGUUUACAAUGCUUUCUCCUCCGCCAUUCGAUUAGACCCUGGACUAGUAGAAUCCUUUGAAACUCACUUGUGCCUACUGUGUGCCGAUGAAUUUGGGAACCUCGUUUUACUUUGCAGAAACUUUUAUUUCUAUUUAUUUAUUUUUAAAAAAUCAGAACCCACUGACCCUCCGUGGCAAAAGAAUAUAUAUAUACUCUUUUUGCUUUAUUUUCUGAUCCCUUUUGCGAUGGGCUUGUUUAAAUCCCACCGUUCUGUCCGCAGCGUUAACUACAAGUGGUUUAGGCUCUGGGACCAAACAUUUGGGGAAGCUUUGUAAAGGACCCCAAACUGUUAAAUUCCCAGCUGAGCAGUGAGAGCUAAUAAAAGACUUGAGAUACCUCCUUGAGCAUUAGAAGAAGCUUUUCUUUCUUCCUUUCUUCUUCUUCUUCUUCUUUUUCUUUCUUUUUUAUGGGCUGAGACAAGCGACAUCUAGGCCCCUCGCAUUACUAGCUGCUUUGCCACUUCGCAGAGACAAAAUGAAAAGCUGUACCGCAGGAACAUUUGAAGGAACUUUCUUUGGGGGGCGGUGGGGGCCGUCUGCGAAGGGAGGGGAGUGUGCGAGGAGCUGAGGAGGAGCCUCCCGGCUCUCCGAGGGUCUUGGGGUUGGGAUCCCUAGGUCCAGCCCGUUGACAGUCGGCCCCACGGCCAUGGACGUCCUUUCCCCAAGUUAGCUGAGCGCCUGCACCGAGAUCCCCCGAGCCUGGGCUUCGCGCGGCCGCCUAGGAGGAACCCGCAGGAACCAGCCCUCCCCACCUCUCCGCCCGGCGCCUUUCUCCUCCACCAGAUCCUGGAUGUGCAGUGGAGGGAACGAGGGCUUGUCGGGUGGGAAACUUAAUUCAAAAUGGCUGCUGGAAACGCUUGGGUUUUAUUCGUAGCAAAUGUUGCCAAUUUCUCCGGCCAGAUACGCUAAACCGAUCCUCAGAUACCGUCCAUGGCUCAGGGCCUCCGACUUCAGGGCUCCAGGAGGAAGGGGAGACACCCCCUCUUCCCUCUCUUAGCACUGAUUUUUGAGAAAUGUGAAUUAGCUACUUGUACCCCCCGCGAGCCAGGGGUGGCGGGCGGGGACGUCUGCUCGUCAGAGUCUUUCAAUGAAGAUAUAGCCGUGUUCGCCAAACAGAUUCGCGCAGAAAAACCUCUAUUUUCUUCUAAUCCAGAACUGGAUAACUUGAUGAUUCAAGCCAUACAAGUAUUAAGGUUUCAUCUGUUGGAAUUAGAGAAGGUACACGAAUUAUGUGACAAUUUCUGCCACCGGUAUAUUAGCUGUUUGAAAGGGAAAAUGCCUAUCGAUUUGGUGAUAGACGAUAGAGAAGGAGGAUCAAAAUCAGACAGUGAAGAUAUAACAAGAUCAGCAAAUCUAACCGACCAGCCCUCUUGGAACAGAGAUCAUGAUGACACGGCAUCUACUCGUUCAGGAGGAACCCCAGGCCCUUCCAGCGGUGGCCACACGUCACACAGUGGGGACAACAGCAGUGAGCAAGGUGAUGGCUUGGACAACAGUGUAGCUUCCCCCAGCACAGGUGACGAUGAUGACCCUGAUAAGGACAAAAAGCGUCACAAAAAGCGUGGCAUCUUUCCCAAAGUAGCCACAAAUAUCAUGAGGGCGUGGCUGUUCCAGCAUCUAACACACCCUUACCCUUCUGAAGAACAGAAAAAGCAGUUGGCACAAGACACAGGACUCACCAUCCUUCAAGUGAACAAUUGGUUUAUUAAUGCCCGGAGAAGAAUAGUGCAGCCCAUGAUAGACCAGUCCAACCGAGCAGUAAGUCAAGGAACACCUUAUAACCCUGAUGGACAGCCCAUGGGAGGUUUCGUAAUGGACGGUCAGCAACAUAUGGGAAUUAGAGCACCAGGACCUAUGAGUGGAAUGGGCAUGAAUAUGGGCAUGGAGGGGCAGUGGCACUACAUGUAACCUUCAUCUAGUUAACCAAUCGCAAAGCAAGGGGGAAGGCUGCAAAGUAUGCCAGGGGAGUAUGUAGCCCGGGGUGGUCCAAUGGGUGUGAGUAUGGGACAGCCAAGUUAUACCCAACCCCAGAUGCCCCCCCAUCCUGCUCAGCUGCGUCAUGGGCCCCCCAUGCAUACGUACAUUCCUGGACACCCUCACCACCCAACAGUGAUGAUGCAUGGAGGACCGCCCCACCCUGGAAUGCCAAUGUCAGCAUCAAGCCCCACGGUUCUUAAUACAGGAGACCCAACAAUGAGUGGACAAGUCAUGGACAUUCAUGCUCAGUAGCUUAAGGGAAUAUGCAUUGUCUGCAAUUGUGACUGAUUUCAAAUCAUGUUUUUUCUGCAAUGACUGUGGAGUUCCAUUCUUGGCAUCUACUCUGGACCAAGGAGCAUCCCUAAUUCUUCAUAGGGACCUUAAAAAGCAGGAAAUACCAACUGAAGUCAAUUUGGGGGACAUGCUAAAUAACUAUAUAAGACAUUAAGAGAACAAAGAGUGAAAUAUUGUAAAUGCUAUUAUACUGUUAUCCAUAUUACGUUGUUUCUUAUAGAUUUUUUAAAAAAAAUGUGAAAUUUUUCCACACUAUGUGUGUUGUUUCCAUAGCUCUUCACUUCCUCCAGAAGCCUCCUUACAUUAAAAAGCCUUACAGUUAUCCUGCAAGGGACAGGAAGGUCUGAUUUGCAGGAUUUUUAGAGCAUUAAAAUAACUAUCAGGCAGAAGAAUCUUUCUUCUCGCCUAGGAUUUCAGCCAUGCGCGCGCUCUCUCUCUUUCUCUCUCUUUUCCUCUCUCUCCCUCUCUCUAGCCUGGGGCUUGAAUUUGCAUGUCUAAUUCAUUUACUCACCAUAUUUGAAUUGGCCUGAACAGAUGUAAAUCGGAAAGGAUGGGAAAAACUGCAGUCAUCAACAAUGAUUAAUCAGCUGUUGCAGGCAGUGUCUUAAGGAGACUGGUAGGAGGAGGCAUGGAAACCAAAAGGCCGUGUGUUUAGAAGCCUAAUUGUCACAUCAAGCAUCAUUGUCCCCAUGCAACAACCACCACCUUAUACAUCACUUCCUGUUUUAAGCAGCUCUAAAACAUAGACUGAAGAUUUAUUUUUAAUAUGUUGACUUUAUUUCUGAGCAAAGCAUCAGUCAUGUGUGUAUUUUUUCAUAGUCCCACCUUGGAGCAUUUAUGUAGACAUUGUAAAUAAAUUUUGUGCAAAAAGGACUGGAAAAAUGAACUGUAUUAUUGCAAUUUUUUUUGUAAAAGUAGCAGUUUGGUAUGAGUUGGCAUGCAUACAAGAUUUACUAAGUGGGAUAAGCUAAUUAUACUUUUUGUUGUGGAUAAACAAAUGCUUGUUGAUAGCCUUUUUCUAUCAAGAAACCAAGGAGCUAAUUAUUAAUAACAAUCAUUGCACACUGAGUCUUAGCGUUUCUGAUGGAAACAGUUUGGAUUGUAUAAUAACGCCAAGCCCAGUUGUAGUCGUUUGAGUGCAGUAAUGAAAUCUGAAUCUAAAAUAAAAACAAGAUUAUUUUUGUCAUGCUGACUCCACUGCUUGAAACAUUUGUUUACUGCCCCCCAGAUUUUUAAAGAUUAAUGCAGUAAAUACAAAAAUUAAUUUUGGCUCCCUAAGCCAUAUAUGUAUUUGACAAUUUUAACCACAAAGUAAGUUAUUUAAUAAUAACCACUGAUUUCUUUAAGCUGACUUAAUGAACUCCUAAUAUCAGCAAAUUUGAGGCCUAAAGGCACUAAACUAACUCUAGACUCAGAAUUACAUCCAACAGAAUUACUCAUCUAAUAUCAUUGAAAUUAUUCUUGCACAUAAAGGCAACCUAAGUACAAAGUUAAGUCUUUUACUAAGGAUGUUACCUAGGAUGAGCAGUAUAUGUUUAUUAGGAAAUUAACUACACGAAUUGAAGAGACCAGACUUCAAAAUCUAAUUUUUAUAAAUAUGCUCUAUGUUCUCAUUGGAUAAAACUGGUUAUUAACCAAUUUUCCAGAACAGCUGUACAAGACUUCUGCAUGGCAGCCGGCUAAAUGGUACAAAAUAAUAUGUUUAAGCUGGAAUAGCUUAUAAUUUUAUUUAAAUAAAAUUGCUGCUAUAGAAAGUGCUUCCCAAAGCUAAGGAAAAUAUACAAAUAUUUUAAUUAAGGCAAAUUCGUUUUAAAAAAUAAACCUUUUAGCAGUGAUUACUUUGUAAACAAAGGAUGGGUCGGAGGAGAGAGAGCCUUAAACUCAAGUCUGACAUUCAGGCCCAAGUCACCCUAUAAACCGGUCCUUAGCAAUUCUAUUUUCUAUUCGGAAAAGAGAAACCAGCUGUGGGUUGGCUUUACUAGGUGAUGUGUGAUUGACUGACUCACCUGCUGGAGCAGCAAUGCGUUCUCACCUUUUGCUGGUGUCUAAACACGUGGAUGCACAGAGAGCAAGGCUCAGCCUACUGCAGCCAUCUCUGGCAGCGCCUCUACCCCUCCCCAGCCCAUAGAUGGGAUUGUUUAAAUCUCCCUUGUUGACCCAGAGGUAAUUCUUCCUCUACCUAAAUAGUCGAUAUGAGUGAAAUCAUUCUCUUUUGAUAGGUGGUUACUAGCAGUUAACAACCAUUUAUUUACUUUAAAAAUUAAUAAUAAACUUUAUAAACU